UUCACUUUUUCAGCCACUUCGUACCUUGUGGACCUCCUUUCACCGUUACUUUUGUUCGAUCCGAUCCCAUCCAUCGUGGAUAUCUGAUCAGUAGAUCUUUCACACCAGAACUUGAUUUUAUAUGGAGGUAGGCGGCCAGUAGACAGUGAUAGGGAAGUUGUGUGUGCUGCUUUACCGGUGCUAGGACUGAGUCAGUGGUCAUGCGGGUUGUCCUUUCGUCUGCCGUGGCCAUGGCUGGCCUGGCCGCCGCGUCCGAGAAGAGCAGACCAGUGUCCAAGGUGAUCAAGCUUCUGAAGGACAUGCAGGCGCAACUGGAGGCAGAAGGCGAGGAGGUACCUUGUCUUCUAAAUUUAGGCUACACGAAGAUCUCCGCGCCAUUUAGUUUGACACGUCAGCCUUUUCUAAAUACGCGAAAUUUCUGUUGAUGUUGAAUUUGCGACUACUCAUAUGGGUAGGCAUAGCUUGAGCUUGAAGCACCGCUCCCAAAAUUCCCUUUUCAGGAUGAGAGCACCUUUAAGAAGAUGGGUUGCUGGUGCGACACAACAAAAGCAGAGACUGCCGAGGCAAUCGAAACCGACAAGUAUCAACUGUAAAAAUGUCUGGGUCUGGAAGAUUCUGAGACCUGUCAUGCAUGUUUUGCCUUGGCCAUGAUGUCUGUGAUGCAUGCCCUAGCAUCACAGAUUUUUUGAGGGCUUCGCGAUGCCUAUUCCGCAUGACAAAUGCCCUCUCCGCGUAGCAAAAAUUGCAUUCCCUUUGCUGCUCAUGCAAUACAGAUUUUUCUGGAAUCCAAAUUCAGCAUCACAAGUUCCAACUUUCCAGACCCAGACAUUUUUACAUUUGAUAACAAGAAGUGCAUUGCAAAAGCCACGGCCGACAUUGAGCAGGCCACCGGGGCCAAAGCCGCGGCAAAGACGGCAAAAGCUGAGCUCGAGGAGCGCAUCGCCAAGGACACACAGGAUUUGGAAACAGCAACAGAGAUGCGAGCAAAAGAGCUCGCGGCCUUCACGGAAGAGACCAAGGAGAUGGUCCAGGCUAUCGGGGCUCUGAAGAGCGCUAUCACGGUGCUGAAGAAGCACCAGAGCUUUCUGCAGACCGACUCGAAAUUCAAGUCCGUGCGGGACACCCUGAUGAGCAACAUGGAGCUGUUCGACCGCCGACAUCUCGGCGAGAUCUCCGGGCAGCAGAAGCGCGCUCUGUCUAAAUUUCUCCAGCAACCCAGCUUCUCCGCUUACAGGUAUAUCUUCUACCGAAGAAAGUUGAUAUUGCCGCUGUGAUUUUUGAAGGUAUGAUUUUCAAUUCGUGUAUCUUAGUGAAGCUAAAUUGCAAUCUCGCGUUUGUCGAAAAUACCGAAACAUCGAAAAACAGCUCGCAGUCGGGCGAGAUCUUUGGAAUUCUCGAGAACAUGCUGGACACCUUCAAUGCUGAUCUCAAGACCGCCGAGGAAGAGGAGGCCGCGGCGGUGCAGCAGUUCACCGAACUGAAGAAACUGAAGGAAGAGCAGAUUGCCCGCGACACCGAGCAGCUGGGCAAGGAAAACGAAAAGUUCGCGGCUGCCACCACCAAGCUGGCGGACUCGGAGGCCACUAAAGCGGACUGCGAGGACUCUUUGGAAAAGGACACGCAGCUCCUUUACGGAAUGAGAAGCGGCGGAGGAAAGUUCGUUAGUAGAGUUAAGAUUGAACGUGGGUCGGCUGGAGGCGAUGUAGUACUUAGCUAUCGAAAUACUGUUGCGUUCAGCGUUGCUUCGCAGGCACAGCGCUAGACGACAGCGCCAUCGUUUAGUUCAGUUUUGCAUUAAUAAUGAUGACGUGGAUUUCCUGUCGCGCUUCUCUCCUUCCAUACUUUCGCCGAAGCCACUGAGACCUGCACGCAGAAUGAGCAGGAGUACUCGGAGCGCUCGAAGUCCCGCGCUGAGGAGCUUGCCGCUGUCGGUAAGGCCCUGGAAUUCUUGAACAGCGACGAAGCCCAUGAGCUCUUUGGCAAGGCCCUCGGCUUUUUGCAGGUUGCCUCGGACUCUGCCGACAAGGCGCGCGAUGUGCUGCGCAGGGCUGGCCAGCAGUACGGAAACCCGGAGAUCCUCAGCUUGGCACAGAAGGUAAUAAAUAAGGAUGUUUUUUAAAAUUAAAUCCACCUGACAUCAGCACCUCUACUUAUGUGCACAUGCACUCUUACAUCAUGAAGCUGCACUUGCAAAAUUUUUUUAUCUCUCCUGCCCCACCGGGUGACUACAUCAAUGUUUGUCUUUACCUCAGGUGAAGUCCGAUGCUUUCGCGCCGGUCAUCCACGCCAUUGACGACCUGGUGAAGGACAUUAAGGCACAGAUGGCCGAUGACGUCAAGCAGCGGGACACCUGCACCAAGGAGAUCAACGAGCGCACCAAGGUCGUUACCAAGCUCGACAACGAAAUCACCAACCUCAGCGCGGAGAUGGAGCGUCUGGAGGCCGCCAUUGCCACGCUGAAGGAGAACAUCGAGCAGACCGCGGCGGAGAUCAAGGAGGCCGAGGAGCAGCUGUCCAAGGCCUCCGCGCUGCGCCAGCAGGCCAACGUGGACUUCCAGGUCGCGCUGAAGGAUGAAAAGGACAGCAUUGCCGUGCUGAAGAAGGCCGAACAGGUGCUGGCCAAGGUGUACGCCCCGAAGCUGCUGCAGCAGAGCCCGACCUUCAAGACCUACGAGAAGUCCUCCGGCGGCAACAAGGUCUUGUCCAUGAUCGCCACUAUCAUCGCAGAUACUGAAAAGUUAUCAACUGCAAAAAUGUCUGGGUCUGGAAGAUCUGAGACCUGUCAUGCAAGUUUUGCAUGAGCCAUGAUGUCUGUGAUGCAUGCCCUAGGAUCAGAGAUUUUUUGAGGGCUUCUUGAUGCCUAUUCCGCAUGACAAGUGCCCUCUUCCCGUAUCAAAAAUCACAUUUCCUUUGCCGCUCAUGCAAUACAGAUUUUUUUGGAAUCCAAACGCAGCAUCACAAGUUGCAAUCUUCCAGACCCAGACAUUUUUGCAUUUGAUAAAAGUCCGCGGAACUCCGCAUCGCCGAGGAAAAGGCGUCGCAGAAAGAGUAUUUUACAAAAACUACGCCCCGUUUUACUUUUCGCGAUUUUCCUCUUGAUGGGGAACGACAUGUUAACCAUGACAUGUUUUGGGUGAAUUCAAUGCAACGAGUCAAAAAAUGCUGAAAUUCGAAUUUCUCUCAGGUACGAAAAGUUCGUGAAGAACUCCAACGACAGUAUCAAGGACAAGAAGGCGCUGAAGGCCCAGCUCACGGAAGAGAAGGCCAGCAGUGAGGAGAAGCUGCAAGAGACGACGGACAAGAAGAAAUUCACGACCGACAGCCACACGGCCGAGACCGCGGCGCUGGACCAGUGGAAGUCCGACUGCAAGUUAUCAAAUGCAAAAAUGCCUGGGUCUGGAAACUUUUGAUGCAACUCCGUGAAAAGUAAGUGGAGUGCUCUGCAAUUGGCCGCCUCGCAUGACAACUUUUUUCGUGCUUGUGUGAUGCGUAUUUCGCAUGCGAAGCUGCGCUUUUGCACGGCAGGCAGGAGGACCUCUUGGCGGCCACGCAAUACAGAGUGCAGAGUCAUGCCAGACUGGCGUGACAAUCUUCCAGACCCAGACAUAUUUGCACUUGAUACAAGUUCUUGUUCGACAACUUCGAAAUCCGCCAAGAGCACAUGUCCGGCGAGAUUGAGGCUCUGGGCGAGGCAAAGGCUUUCUUAAAGGGGAUGAAGCUGGACUAAACUAAGUACCUAGAAGUGCGCCGUCUGCACCUAGUGGUCCUUCUCUUGUCCGCACAGCGCCAUUUUUCGUAUACAAUUCACAAACUUUUCGUAGGUUUUGAUUACCACUAUGGAUCGUGUCUUUGUCGAGGGAGAGCGGUUUGUACGAUUAAUUUUGCUUUGUUUCACCCGGACAACCAAAUGUGACCCGCUUUCUGGAGAACCCAAACUUUGUUAUUUAUCCUUCAACACUUUUUUAUGGUAUACAAUUCAGCUUUUCACUAUCAGCACAGCUCGUAUUUAGAAUUUUUCAGCAAACUUUGUUCAUAUUUAUUUUCAGCUUCAGGUAGAUAACUUGUAAACAGCGUGUAUGGAAAUAUCAGCAACAGGAUCGUAAACAAUCUUCAGCGACAGGAAGUGGUAUUUGGUCACGACACGUUUCCAGAUUCUCAUUGUACAAAAUUUCCUUCGACGAGGAAUGGUGACAAAUUUAUUUUCAAGACGGGACAGUCUGCGUCGCCCUCGCCAGUUGUUACGCAAUUGAAGUCACCACUGGUUUCACCUUUCUUGAUAAGCUUUCGUCUAGUGUUGAACCAACGUGUAGUCGCGUGCAAAAGUGCAGGAGUUGCUAUUUACCUUCAGAGCAUGGACAACCUGAGAGUUUGGAGAGACG